AUGGAGCAGUCAUGCAAUACCAUAGAGGCCUCUUCUACACCUAAACAGAGCCAAACUUCUGCAGAAUCAAUUCGAGGCCUCAUAGACGCCAUCCACACCGACAGCUACUUCUCCAUCUUCGCCCAAGAGCUGCCAAAAGACAAGUUGGACGAAGCCUUGCGCAUCGCCAGAAAGGAGCUUAGCCAUCACAAGCAGCAAUACAACACGGCUGUUCAAUCUGCGGAGAAGAGGAAGCUCAACGUCGAGAGAAAUAAAAUCACGGAGAAGCCGGUCAAGCUCAAGGGCGUCAAGGAAAGCCAUGCCGAGAGGGACCCGAACGAGGUCAAGGAGAAGUUGAUAAAGUUGGCAGAAGCAGCACGCAAGUAUCGCGUUGCCGCGAGGGCGAUUGAGAACAAAGUUGAGAAAGCCUCGGAGAGCUUGAAGAAUAUGUAG